AUGGGCGAGGAGCAGCUGAUGGACGCGCUGCUGGGCACCACGUCGGAGUGGCAUGACACAUGCUUCCCGCGCCCUCACAGCCCUGACCACGUGUACUACGACUCGUUCCCCUUCCCAGUCCUAGAGGACGACAUGGAGGUCAAACCCCACUGGGAAGCCCCAGCGGCGAUCCAUACGCGUUUAGAGCCGCUGCUGCUGUCGCAGGACCCGAAGCGCGUGACGGCCAUUCGCAUGCUCGCCUGUGGAGAAUGCGAGUGGGGCCUUGGGAAGCUGCUGCCAGUGGGGCGCUCGUGCGUGAAUCUGCAGUCGCUCUCCGUUGGAGCGCUGCCAGAUCUCUACUUCCGUGGCCACAGCUGUUUGUAUGACGAGAUCUUGAAGGAGCCCACGUACUGGACUUGGCCGGAGGGUGCUCAGGUGGAACAGAUGAAGCAGCUUAUAACGGGUUGCCCACACCUCCGCUCACUACACUUCCACCUCAAUACCAACGAAUACCUCACUAUAAGGGAAGAGGUCUUUCCCCUCCUCUCCCGUCUCGAACACCUCUCCCUCCCUCUCGCCGACCUCCCGCCUUGCCUCCUUCCCCACCUCUCCUCCCUCCGCUCCCUCCGUCUCUCCCUCUCCGCGCCCCAGCACCCUCUCCUCUCCGGUCGCCCCUUCCACUCUCUCCCCCUCCUCUCCCUCCUCCACCUCUCCCUCCUCUCUCCCACCUCACUCCUUUCCGAGCCUCUCUCACCGGACCUGUUUGCGGGGCUUGGGCCGAGCCUGCGGUCCUUGACUUUCCUGGUGUAUGCGAAGCCGAAAGGGGCGGCAACUCCUUCCUCCGGCUCCCUCCGCCACCUCACUCUCAUGGGAACAGCUGGCGUCAUCCCAUUGGCUGUGUGGGGGCGCCUGUGCCCGCAGCUGCUCUCGCUCAAGAUCCAGGGCUCGCCCCACGUGGCUGUGCGGGGGUCGGGGGAGCAGCUGGCGGAGGGUUCUGGGAAGGGGGACGUGGGGCUUGGCGCAUGUGGUGAGGGGGAGGGCGCAUGUGGUGAGGGGGAGGGCGCAUGUGGUGCAGCAGAGGAGGCAGCUGCGUGCUUCUUCCCUUCCCUCGAGGAGCUUGUGCUGCGCAACUUGCCAGCAGAGGUGUUACCAGCAGAGGUGUUACCAGCAGAGGUGUUACCAGCAGAGGUGUUACCAGCAGAGGUGUUACCAGCAGAGGUGUUACCAGCAGAGGUGUUACCAGCAGAGGUGUUACCAGCAGAGGUGUUACCAGCAGAGGUGUUACCAGCAGAGGCGGUACCAGCGGAGGUGCUAGAAUGUGUGUUCCAGCGGAUUCAGCUGCAUGGGGACGAGGCGAGCGUGAGAGGGUUGUGCCCCUCUCUCCCCUCCCCCGCCUCCCUCGCCCACACCCUCACGCUCUACCCCAACCUCUCUGCACUCCUCCUCCCCAUAGUCUCCACCGCAUCUCACCCCCUCCGCCCCUCCCAUGUGCGCUCCCUCCUCUCUGCUGCCGCCGCCCUGCCCGCCCUCACCUCCUUGUCCGUGCUGCUAGAGCCGGGCUUCAGGGGAGAGUACGACUGGGGGUACGGGCGGGACGAGCUGUGGGAGAUUCCUGAGGAGGAGAGGGAGAGGGAGUUCGCCCACUCCUCUCCCUUCGCCCGCCUCUCCUGCCUCCGCUCCCUCUCAAUCCACGUGUGCGAGAAUGACAUCAGCAGCUGCAGCAACGUGUCUUUGGAUGACAGCAGGUGGAGUGGGCUGUCAGAGGGCCUGCUGCUGGGCCUGCCGGCGUGCCUCUCGUCCCUCUCCCUGCACCUCCCCACCACCACCAUGCCCGCCUCCUUCUCCUCCCUCACUGCCCUCACGCUCCUCGCCACCAACCUCUGGAUUCCAGGGCUGCAGGGAGGGCAGGACGAGGGAGACGGAGGGGUGGGAGAGGAGGAGUGGGAGGGGGAGAGAUGGGAGGAUGAGGCAGAGGAGGAGAGUGGUAUAGGCGAGGGAGAUGAGGAUGGUUGGUGUGAUGCCGAUUCGUGCCCCAACGGAGAUGAGGAUGCUUGCUUCUCUCAAGAGCACCUUCCCCGCUUGCCCCGCCUCCGCCGCUUCCACGUGCAAAGCGACAAUUAUGAGAUUGUCAACAUGACCAGGCUGAUGGCUGCUGUGGCGCACUCUUUGGAGCAGCUGCAAAUUGCUUUUGUCUUUACCACUCUCUGCAGCAGAGGAAGCACCACAGGGUUGAGCUUCCGGAAGCUCAAGCUGCUACACCUGGAGUUCUUGACGGGCGAUUCUCGGGUAGACAUGUCUCUCUUCCCUGCCCUAGAACACAUGGUACUGACAAAGGAGGUCGAUGUGUACUGGGAGGUGGAGAGCGGUUUCUCGUCUAACCUCCGCUUCCUGCAAUUGGGCUAUGCUGUUAGACUGCCUAAAGACCCUGGUGACCGAGAGCAUGAGCUGAUGCAGCUCACGGCGCUCACCACUCUCAUUGUGGACAAUGCAGACUACCGGGAUUUCCUUGCCGCCCUCUCCUGCUUCUCCUCCCUGCGCACCCUCCGCCUCUCCAACAUCACCCGAGGCUGCUCUGAGCCCCACUUCUCCUGCCCACCUCUCCUCUCCACACUUCAGAUCUGCUUCUCCGACCUGCCCCGCCUCCCCCCCUCACUCGCUCACUUCUCCUGCCUCACUCACCUCGACCUGCUGCACUGGCGCCACCUGCACUCUCUCCCGCCCUUCCUCUCGUCCUUCUCGUCGCUGCGCCACUUGAAAGUCACGUGCGAUGGGCCCAAGCCCACACACCCUGCUUGCCUGAAGGGAUUUCUUCAAGGCAGGGACUGGUACAAGUAUUCGCCAUGUGACGGCAGGGACUGGCAUGAGCAUUUACGUCAGUAA